UUUUUUUUAUUAAUGUUGGUCAGAGUGAGUUAAAAAAGUAGACAGGGACUUGGGUGGAUCGUUCGCACUCUGCAGGGUGUUGCUGCUAAUGGUUUCAUUCUGGAAAUUGCAAUUUGCUAUGAAAUCUCCCUUAAUAGUUACUUCUUUCUUGCGCACAUCCACUGUGUACUCUGCCAACCUGCAUGUAAAGGGCAGAAAAGUGGAAUCGAAAGGGCUCCACUCUGUUCCUGUUUCAGGAGCUCCGGUGAUUCUUCAAUCUGGGAUUCCAUUGCCUGAUAAGAGGACUCUGGAAUUGAUACUUGACAAGCUUCAGAAGAAAGACACUUAUGGUGUGUUUGCAGACCUUGUUGAUCCAAAAGAGCUUCCUGAUUAUCACGAUGUGAUCAAGCAUCCCAUGGACUUUGCCACUGUGAGGAAGAAGUUGGGAAAUGAAUCUUCUUAUACUACCUUAGAACAAUUUGAGGUAUUUAAGCAAGGGCAAAAAACCAGAGCUUCUGUAGCUGGUGUUACAUCAAUAAACUUGGCUGAAUACGUUCCUGCAACUGUAGAUAAAGAGACUGAAAUUGUAGUUCAUUUGAAUGUCCUUGGCACCAAUGAUAUUACUAAUCUCUCACUUUUUUUAAGUUCUUUUUUGCUCCUUCCUUUUCUUUUUAUGCUUUGAAAUUGAUUAGAAUAUUAUAAUUGAGUUCGAUUUUUAUGCACUAUCAAUGUAAGUUAUUGUACACUGUCAACCAAUAAGAAGUCGUCGCUGGUAUAACUUAGUUAAUGUAAAAAUCAGCAAACUUAUCAUACAUGAUGUUUUGUGAUUAAAUGAUAGUGUAAAAACCUUUACACCAUUAGUGUAUGCACUAUUUACUCAUUAUAAUUACUUUUAAUGAUUCUCUUGCCUAACUGGAUUAGAUGCACAACCUACUUCCCUGAUCCAAAAAGGGAAAUUAUAUGGAACUUCAUUUGUGUUUCUUUUCAGUUGUCUCUUAGUUUACUGAAACUGGAGGCCCUUCAAGAAUAUUUGGAUGCAGUGCAUAGAUCAACUAUGUGUGUUCCUUCAUCACCCUGUUCUGUUGUUCCUUCAUCAACUAUGUCUGAGAAGAGUAAAAUUCUUUGCUGAUUAUGUAUCAACUGGAAGAGCCAAGAAGGCAAGCUCCAAAGAUGAAGGAAGUGAUGGUAGGAGCUCCAACAGAAGUGAAGAUUUU